UCCUUUGCUACUGUUCUCAACCAACCGCCCCCUUCCAUUGCUCAAUGCUUGUAGUUGGGUCUGUGACGACAUCAUCAUGGCAACAACCGCCGCAGUCGAGAAACUACUGCGUUGGUGCUCCCGCGCUGAGGGAAGAGGGAGGUUUUUGACCGUGAAGUGCACGCAACGUGCCUGGUUUUAGGGCCUUGCCGCGGCAGUUGCUGUUUCAACGGCACGCGCGCUCUCUCUCUCUUAGCCGCCCCUUCUACCGCCUCCUCCCGCCCCCCUACGUGCUCCGUCCGCUCUUGUCCAUGCGCGCGAGCGCGAGACGCGGCGGGUGAGGACGGGGAGGGGUCUGCGCUCGUGCUGCAGCGGCAGGAGCAGCAACAGCAGCUGGGGCAGGCGGAGGAGGGAAGCCCCGGCCCCGGGGUAUACCCAACGGCCGCCCUCACCGGCGCUUGCUGUAGCGACGGCGAACAUGUUCUCAGUGAGGGUCGUGACCGCCGAUUACUACAUGAGCAGCCCUCUGCCCGGCCUGGACCCCUGCCAGUCCCACUUCAGGGAGGCCCCGGUCAAGAGGGUGCCAGUGGUGAGAGUCUUCGGAGCCACCCCGUCAGGUCAGAAGACUUGUCUUCACUUACAUGGUAUCUUUCCUUAUCUAUAUGUUCCCUAUGAUGGCUAUGGGGAACAACCAGAACAUUUUCUUCGUCACUUGGCAUUCAGCAUUGACAGAGCACUCAAUAUAGCCUUAGGAAACCCGUCCUCUUCUAUUCAGCAUGUGUUCAAAGUGUCUCUAGUAUAUGGGAUGCCUUUUUAUGGUUACCAUGAAAAGGAAAGACAGUUCAUGAAGAUCUACCUUUACAAUCCUGCUAUGGUGAAAAGAGUAUGCGAUCUUCUGCAAGGCGGAGCCAUAAUGAAUAAAUUUUACCAACCUCAUGAAGCUCAUAUUCCCUACCUCCUCCAGCUGUUUAUAGAUUACAACUUGUAUGGAAUGAAUUUAAUAAACUUGGCUGCUGUGAAGUUCAGAAAGACAAAGAAAAAAGGUUAUUCAUUGGAUGACACUGAAUGUGUUAGAGAUCAUUUAUCAGGACGUUCAACUACUAGUGCCAUUCUUCGAUGGGAAGAUAAUCAAAUACCAAGCUCUUUAGUACUAGAGGACGUUGAACCACAAAGUACCUGUGAGUUGGAGGUGGAUGCGGUAGCUGCAGAUAUUUUAAAUAGAUUGGAUAUUGAAGCCCAGAUUGGUCAGAAUCCAGGUUUACAAGCCAUAUGGGAAGACGAGAAACAACGUCGUAGAGAGAACAAGGAGUCCUCUCAGAUUAGUCCUCCUAAUUCACAAGAUCGUGGAUUUGUGACUGCUACAGAGAGUGAAAAAAUCUUUCAGAAGCAACUUAAAGAAAUCCUCAAGCAAAGUGAUCUCUCUGUGACAUUUUCUGGAUCAGUAAACUACGGCAGUGGAUCACCAGAAUUCUCUGCUGAAUUGACACUACAUUCUGAGGUAGAAUCUCCAACAGUUGUUCCAUGUUCACCUGCCAGUAUGGUAGAAGUGCAUAGUGAUAAAGAACUAAACAAAGAGGAAACUACUGAGAAGUAUAAAGAAGAAGAUGCUCUUAUUAAUGAAGAAGCUAUUCUGAGUGUCAUGGAAAAUAGUCAGCACUUCCAACCUUCAUCUCGAAGAUUAACUAAAACUCCAGUUUUCAUGGAUGGUAGUGCUGAUCAAGCAAUGGUGCGUCUCUUGGAUGGUUUGGAGGAUGAAGGCUAUGAAAUUGGAGAGCAAAGAACUUUAUUGCAACAUUUUUCUCCUGGAAGCUGUAGGAAUCUACACAACAGCGAUGAUGAAGAAAAUGAGCCACAAAUUGAAAAGGAAGAAAUGGAGCUAAGUUUGCUUAUGUCUCAACGGUGGGACAGCAACAUUAAUGAUGCCAGUGAAAAAAGAAGGUCAGCUGACAGAAGUAAGAAUCAGAGCUCAACUGAAGACAGCUCUUCAGAAGAAGAGAUGGAUUGGAGUGGUAAUGAUUUACUUUUGGCAAGUCUGUCUAUACCUCAGUUAGAUGGAACAGCAGAUGAAAACAGUGACAAUCCUUUGAAUGAUGAAAGUUCUCAAACACACACAUCUGUAAUCGCAGCAAGCAAAACUUCUGUAAAGUCUUCGAUUUUUCACAAAGAUGAUGAUACUCUGGAGCCCCCAUCUUCAGCUAAGAUUACUUUUCAGUGUGAACACACAAGUGCCCUUUCUUCUCAUAUUUUGAACAGCAAUGACUUGGAAGGGCUUUCUCAGCCAAACAAGAUGGACAUAAGACCUGACUUUUCAAUCAGUUCUUUUACAAAAGAAAGCACUUACAGUGUAAAGUAUCCAACACCCUUCAACAGUAUCCUCCAUUCAGAGAAUUUACACAAGGAAAGUAAUAAAAGUGAAACACUCCAAGAUUUGUGUGAAACUGCAUAUGAAGACCUCUCCUCAGCAAGCAGACACCUGCCCAGCAGGAAGUACACUGGCAUCAGAAAGGCUACAAAGGACAUCUCUUUGCAUGCAAACCACCAAACUGGUGAAGGCAGUUUGGUUAAAAAUGUCCAUAGCACAACUAUAAAUAGCCUUUUUUCAGCACCAGAAAAUGGUGAUUUAGUGUCUUGCUCAGAGGUUAAUAGAACUAUUAUUCAUUCUGCUGCAAAUAACACUGAUGAAGAUAGCCUUAAUAAUCUUAAAAUUAGAUAUGAAGAAUUUCAGGAACAUAAAGCAGAAAAACCAAACCUUAGCCAACAAACACCACAUUACAUGUUCUUUCCUAGUGUUGUUCUUUCUAAUUGUCUCAGUCAGCCACAGAAGUUAGGUCCUGUGACAUAUAAGCUGCAACAAGGCAAAAAGCAAACUAGAUUAAAACUAAAUAAAAAGAAACUGAGUCCUAGCAAUCCACAGGAGUCUGCAAAUCCCAAUGCAUCCACAAAAGAGAGCUGCUAUAUACAAGGUAGUGCCAAUAAUGAUAUUCCUGAGAAGUUCAGUCUACUACCAAAUGAUAUCAUUCAAGUUCCUGAAAGUGCUUUUGUAAACAAAAUGUCUAUGGAUACUAGUAACUGUGCUGACUGCCACUUUGGAGCUGGAACUCAAGAAUCUGAACAAUCAUUUGGGCUGUGUGGAAAUAAAUAUACACUCCGUGCUAAACGUAAAAUAAAUUAUGAGACUGAAGACAGUGAAUCUAGCUUUGGCAUGCACAGUUCAAAAAUUAGCCUACCUCAUUGCAUAGAAAAUGAUGAAAAUGUAGAUGGGUCUAAAAAGUCUCAAAAACGAAGAAAACUUUCUAAAAAGUUACCACCUGUUAUUAUAAAAUAUAUAAUUAUUAAUAGAUUUAGAGGGAGAAAAAAUAUGCUUGUUAAACUAGGGAAAAUAGAUUCUAGUGAAGAGCAAGUUAUACUUACAGAGGAAAAGAUGACUCUAUAUAAAAAGCUUGCGCCUUUAAAAGACUUUUGGCCAAAAGUUCCUGAUUCUCCUGCAACCAAAUAUCCUAUUUAUCCAUUAACACCAAAGAAAAGUCACAAGAGGAAAGCAAAAUGUAAGUCUGUUAAGAAGAAAAUUGGGAAACUACAAAAUACCAGUAGUAAGAAUAUUAAGAGAACUCUGUAUUUCAGAAAAAGAACAUAUGCUUUUCUUUCUCCCCCUCUCCCAUCAUAUAGUACUGAAGCUGAAGACUGUGAUUUGAACUAUACUGAUGUUAUGUCUAAACUUGGUUUUCUCUCUGAAAGAAGUGCAAGUCCAGUUAAUGUUUCUCCACCUCGCUGCUGGUCUCCCACUGAUCCAAAUGCAGAAGACAUUACGACUAAUAUAGAAAAAGAAACUUUGGUGUUUAAAGAUGCUAAUGUUUACAGCAGUAAGACUGUUAUUUCUGUGCACAGAAGACAUAGCCAAUCAAAAACUCAGGUUAAGAAAUGUAAAAAGCAAUUUGUUGGUGCUGCUGUACGAACUAAUAAAAAGAACAAGAGCAAUCUAACUCAUAAACCAGGAAAUGAAGUUAAGAAGAAGCCCAGAGCAAAACUGAAACAAAAAAUAGAAAAAGUCUCAAAGUCCAUAAUAGAUGAAAAAAAUAGUAAUCCUCCAGGAGCAGAAGUUAAACGUGUACUGAAGCACCAUGAUUUACCUGAGAACAUUCAGAGCAUGGGAAAUUUUCAGCCACUCUUUACACAGAAAGAUAUUAUUUCCACUGGAUAUUCAACAGGACAUCUACCAUCAACACAGCUCCCAUUGACAGCUAAUGCUGAAGGAAAUCCAUUGAUUUAUUUCCAUGCGCUGUUAGAAAAUGAAAAACCUGUAGGGUGCCAGGGUUCCCCUCUGACACAGGAGAACCUUCAUCCAGCCAUAGCUUCUGUGGUUUCUGGAAGAGAAAAAGCCAAAAUAAACUUCCAAAGAUCUAAUAGUCAGAGCUGUUUAUAUAGAACAAAAGAAUCCACCUUAGUUCAAAAUAACCAGUCGAACCAUAUAUCCCAGGUAACACUGAAUGCAUACAAUUCUAAAGACAUGUCCAAAAAAGCAGAAGAGAUUACAAAUACACAAAACAGACUUUUGUGUUCUGCUGGAAAGGCAAUCGAAAAUGUCAGUACUUCAGACACAAUAAAAACUGAUCAGAUUCAUUCCAGUAAUUUUUUGCACUGUAAGGAUAGUCAGCAGCAGAUUGUUUACCUUCCAGAAGCAACGAAAAAUUCCGAUCAUAUUUCUUUUUUUAAAACUUCUGAGGAUAGCCAUGGACCUUUUCAGUUGCCCAAAAAAUGCUUUGUAGCUUCUUUAAGAAGUCCAGGGAAAAAACUAGGAUGGGAGCAGAAACAGAGAGGAUUCAUUUUGGAUAUGUCACAUUUUAACCCUGAAAAAAAUAUUAAGCAGCAUGUUCUAUCAGAAACAGUCUCUCAAACCAAAAUGGAUUCCCAGUGCAUAAGUAAAACUCUGGUAACUCCUUCCGCAUUUACUGAAGGACAUUCUGGGUUAGCUGUUCUAAAGGAAUUGCUCCAAAAGAGGCAGCAAAAAGCACUUGUUCACAACAUGCAUGAACAAAUGCCAGUUAAACCUCAAUUAACUAGUGUUUCUUAUCCCCUUGAUCAAAAUAAAUUAAUCAAAAGAUCACGUUCAGUCAUAACGCCAAGAAAACCUCGAGCUCCUAAAGAUAAGAAAUCUAAAGAGAAACCACUCAAACUUCUAAAAGAGCCUGUGAAGCAGCAAAACAAUAGUAAGAUUGUCCAUAUAUCUGAUAGUCCUGUUUUUUAUUCAGACCCAGGUUUUGAAAGCUGUUACUCACUAGAAGACAGUCUGUCUCCUGAUCAUAAUUAUAACUUUGAUAUUAACACCAUAGGGCAGACUGGAUUUGGUAGUUUAUAUUCCGCAAGUCAGUUUGUUCCAGCUGAUCAAAAUCUGCCACAGAAAUUUCUGAGUGAUGCUGCUCAGGAUCUUUUUCCUGGACAAAUGGCAGAAACUGAAUUUUUGAGUCAUAAUAGCAAAAUGUCUAAAGAAGAAAAUCAUUAUUCAGAUCCAACAACAUGGUUAAGAUCUGGUCCACUAAGUCCUCAAGUAUUUGAUAAAAGGCUUUUGGAUAACAAUGAAAACCAUCUUCACAGUGUGUGGAAAAAUAAUGUUCUUUCAUCAGCAUCUCAUCCUAGCUCACCAGGAGAUGUACAACAGGCAGAAAUAUACCAGAAGGAACAAUUCCAGUUGGACAGAAAUGCUGUUAAAAAAGGGAUUUUUCUUAAUCUUUCAUCACCAAAUAACGAUUGGAGUCAAAAUCACUUCAGAAAGGAAGCUGCUUUUGAAUCAAGCCAGCCACUUGACUCAGCUAGCAUCUCUUUUUCUUCUAUAUUAUCUUCACCAGAUGCUGAACUUAUGGAUGCAGCUUCUGAAGAUUUAGAGUUAUAUAUUUCAAGAAAUAAUGGAUUAACACCAACCCCAGAUAGUUCACCAAGAUCUACAAAUUCACCCUCGCAGUCAAAAAAUGGAAGUUCUCGUGCUGCGCACAUCCUUAAACCUCUGAUGUCACCUCCAAGUCGCGAAGAAAUCAUGUCAACUUUAGUGGAUCAUGAUCUUGCAGAAACAAUAUAUCAGGAACCAUUUUGCAGCAAUCCUUGUGAUGCACCAGAAAAGCCCAGAGAGAUUGGAGGAAGGCUGCUCACUGUCGAAACAAGACUUGCAAAUGAUCUGCUUGAAUUUGAGGGAGACUUCUCACUGGAAGGACUACGACUGUGGAAGACUGCUUUUCUUGCAAUGGCUCAGAGCCCUAGACCUGGUUCUCCCCUUCGCAAUAGCCAAUCCACUGCAGAUAAAAAACAAAGAAAUAGCCAUAAAACAACUAGUGAAGAAAAAAAAAUAGUGAUUAUGCCUUGUAAAUGUGCACCAACUUCCCAACAAGUUGAAUCGUGGCUUCAGGCCAAAGAAGAUUAUGAACUCUUCAGGAAAAGAACUGUCAUUAAAGGGACUGAGAUAGUAACAACUGACAGCUUGAAAUGUAUGUCUGUACCUGAAAAUCUCUGCUAUGAAAUGGCCAAGGCAAUUAAUGAGUGUUCUGAUUUACCCAGUGUUGAAGCCAGCAAAUCUGCUGUGCAUUCAGAAACUUUUUGUAUUUCAUCAAAUCCUAUACCACCACAAACAAUGGGAAACUGUGAUACAAAUAAUGCAGAACUGAGUAAGGCUGUGCCCCAAAACAGGCCUCUGCCACUUGUCGCUACAGCAAUAGAGUCCGAGAAAAAGGAGGAAGGGGAUUAUGAUAAUUUUAGCUCCCCUGAUUCGCCAGUUCUUCCUCCUUGGCAACAAGUAGCAUCCCCAGAUUCCAAACAGUCCUCUUCAGAGGACUCAGAAGAUAUAUUGUUGUCUGUGGAAGAAAGUGAAACAGUAGCCAAGAGAGUACAGAAGCUUGUCAGAGAGAAAAGCAAGGCACCCUUCAGUGUGUCUCCAUCAAGAGAAUGUGAUGGCAAUUUUGAAACCAUUUGCUUCCACAGCACACCGAUUAGGGAGAAAAUGUGUCGAGAAGGAAUAUCAGAAGCACUUGCAUUUACGCCAUUAUUACCAGGACCAAAAGCCCAGAAGUUGAAUCAUAGAAGAGGAAGUAAUGUUGAUGCUCUUCGAAAAGUACUUUUAACCACACAAGUUAAGAAUCAAUUCACUGCCAGAAAUGUCCCAAAGAAAGAGACAUCUCAGAUUGAAGGACCAUCUUUAAACAACUCCUAUGGUUUUAAAAUAAGUAUACAAAAUCUUCAGGAUGCAAAAGCUUUACAUGAGGUUCAGCACCUUACACUCUUCAGUAUAGAAUUACAUGCUCGAACGAGAAGAGACUUGGAGGCAGAUCCUGAGUUUGAUCCUAUCUGCGCUUUAUUCUACUGCAUCUCAUCUGACACACCAAGACCAAAUACUGAUAAAAUGGAAAUUACUGGUGCUAUAGUGAUUGAUAAAGACAGAGCACGAACAAUCAUAAGCCAAGGUAACAGAGAACAUGCGCCUUUGCUUACAAGAUCUGGUAUCUCAGGAUUGGAAGUCACCUACGCUACUGAUGAGAGAACACUUUUCCAGGAGGUAGUGAAUAUUGUUAAAAGGUAUGAUCCGGAUAUUUUAUUAGGCUAUGAAGUCCAGAUGCAUUCUUGGGGAUACCUCUUACAGAGGGCUGCUGCCUUAGGUGUUGAUUUAUGCCAGAUGAUCUCGCGUAUUCCAGAUGAUAAAAAAGAAAAUAGAUUUGCUGCAGAGCAAGAUGAAUAUGGGUCUGAUACAAUGAGUGAAAUAAACGUUGUUGGACGAAUUAUCUUAAAUAUUUGGAGAAUUAUGAGAAAUGAGGUGUCUCUAACUAAUUAUACCUUUGAAAAUGUUGGCUUCCAUGUACUUCACCAGCGUUUUCCACUGUUUACCUCUCGCAUUUUGUCUGAUUGGUUUGACAACAAGUCAGACAUCCAUAGGUGGAAACUGGUUGAUUAUUACAUUAGCCGUGUUCGUGGGAAUCUCCAGCUGUUAGAUCAACUGGACUUGAUUGGCAGAACAAGUGAAAUGGCAAGGCUGUUUGGCAUUCAGUUCUUGCAUGUGUUAACAAGGGGAUCACAGUACCGUGUAGAGUCAAUGAUGUUACGCAUUGCUAAACCAAUGAAUUACAUUGCUGUGACUCCUAGUGCUCAGCAGCGGGCUCAGAUGAGAGCCCCACUAUGCAUUCCUCUAAUAAUGGAGCCAGAGUCUCGUUUCUACAGUAAUGCUGUCCUCGUACUAGACUUCCAGUCUUUGUAUCCAUCUAUAAUAAUAGCAUACAACUACUGUUAUUCUACAUGCUUGGGACAUGUUGAGAACUUGGGAAAAUAUGAGGAAUGUAAAUUUGGCUGCACAUCUCUGAGAAUAACUCCAGAUUUACUGUAUCAGCUUCGGCAUGAUAUUACAGUAUCACCUAGUGGAAUCGCUUUUGUCAAGCCUUCUGUAAGAAAGGGUGUAUUGCCAAGAAUGCUAGAAGAAAUUCUGAAGACUAGAAUAAUGGUGAAGCAGUCAGUGAAAACUUACAAGCAUGACAAAGCUAUCACUCGAAUGCUUGAGGCACGACAGCUUGGUCUUAAACUUAUAUCUAAUGUCACUUACGGUUAUACUGCUGCUAAUUUUUCUGGAAGGAUGCCAUGCGUAGAGAUUGGUGACAGUAUUGUUCACAAAGCCAGAGAGACUUUGGAGCGUGCAAUAAAACUGGUGAAUGAUACAAAAAAAUGGGGAGCACGAGUUGUGUAUGGGGAUACAGACAGCAUGUUUGUACUUCUGAAAGGCGCUACUAAGGAACAGUCUUUUAAGAUUGGUCAAGAAAUUGCUGAAGCUGUAACAGCUACCAACCCUAAGCCAGUAAAACUGAAGUUUGAGAAGGUUUAUUUGCCAUGCAUUCUACAAACCAAGAAGAGAUAUGUUGGUUAUAUGUAUGAAACACUGGACCAGAAGGACCCAGUAUUUGAUGCCAAAGGCAUAGAAACUGUCAGAAGAGAUUCUUGCCCUGCUGUUUCCAAGAUACUUGAGCGUUCUAUUAAACUACUGUUUGAAACACGAGAUAUAAGUCAGAUCAAGCAGUUUGUACAAAAUCAGUGCAUGAAACUAUUUGAAGGAAAAGCCAGCAUGCAAGACUUCAUCUUUGCAAAAGAGUACAGAGGAAGCUCUGCUUACAGACCUGGAGCCUGUGUACCAGCCCUAGAAAUCACAAGGAGGAUGCUUGCAUAUGACCGGCGGUCUGAGCCACGAGUUGGUGAAAGAGUACCUUAUGUCAUUGUGUAUGGCAUUCCAGGAUUACCUCUCAUACAGUUAGUAAGACGACCCAUUGAGGUUCUGCAAGAUUCUAAUCUAAGGCUCAAUGCAACUUACUACAUCACCAAGCAAAUUCUUCCUCCAUUGGCUAGAAUCUUGUCACUUGUUGGCAUCGAUGUUUUUAGCUGGUAUCAUGAAUUACCCAGGAUCCAGAAAGCUGCCACUACUUCGCAUAGUGAGCAAGAAAGCCGUAAAGGAACAAUUUCCCAGUAUUUCAGUACUUUACAUUGUCCAGUUUGUGAUGAACUGACUCAGCAUGGGAUCUGCAGUAAAUGUAGGAGUCAGCCACAGCAUGUAGUGGUGAUUCUUAAUCAAGAAAUCCGAGAGCUGGAGCGUAAACAUGAACACCUGACCAAGAUAUGCAAGAACUGUACAGGUUGCUUGGAUCGACAAAUACCAUGUGUUUCUCUGAACUGUCCAAUACUUUUCAAGGUGUCCAGAGUGAACAGAGAAUUAUCUAAGGCAUCCUAUCUUCACCAACUACUUGACCAGUUUUAGAUUACCUUUUUCACAGGAUUUCUGGUGCUAUUUUUUCAAUGUUUACCACUCUUGACUAUCAUGCAUGGUCCUUCGAUUUCAUUUUGUCCAGGAUUUUCAUUAACUGAUGGUUUAUUCUGAAGAAUAAUGAAUGUUUGUCCCUAAGUAAAUUAAGACAUUUGUUAAUUGUGAAUUCUCUUUUUUAAGAUGUACAAUCUUCAUUUUCCUGCCUUUUUAACAUACUGUUUUAUAAUGCAGAUGUUGAAAUAGCUGUGUUAACAUCUUGUAAAUCCAUUUAUGGGCCUCUGAGAAAGAAGUUCUGAAAACUUCUUAGGAAAAAUACCAUUGUGUUUUAUCAGACUGUCAGUAUCAGGACAUGUUACUUGUAUUUAAUUCACUUUAUAAUUUUGACUGCAGAAUAUUUUGUAAAUACACUUUUUUACUUUUCAAACUGAGUAAAAUAAUGUGCAAUGAAUUUUAUACAAACAAUUUUAAAGUUGGAUGGGGUAUUUCCUCUUAAGUUUUGCUUGAUUCCAAGUAGAUUUGUUGUUUUGACCAGACGGUGCAAACAGUAGUACGUGUAGCAUUUUUGAAAUACUUUCUAAAAAUCACUGUCAUGCUUUAGCUAUUAAUCGGGCAUUGUGAGGAUCUGUGCAAAGACAUUUUUGUUACAAACCUGUGGGACUGUUGCAAUACUUUAAUAACUUUAUUCCAUUUUUGCUUUUGUAUAGACAUUUCUACUGCUUCUAAAUAUGCUUAAUAUUUCAUUAUGUACUGUACAGUUAAAUCUUAUUUGCCAUUAUCUUGACAAAAUGUGUAUUUAGAACAUUUGUAUAACUGUAAAAAAAAGAAAAGGAAUUAUGUGGUCACGGUGCAGUUUUUUUUUAAUUGGAAAUCAUUUUGUUUAAUUAAUGGAAACCAUAGUAAAAUUGAAUAAAAUAAAAUGGUAAAUGUAAA